AUGGAGGUUAGUGUUCCAGAUUUAAACCAAAUUUACAUACCCAAAAGAAGACGGGGAUCUUGCUCCAUCCAGAGGAGAGAACAAAUAAAGCAAGAAACCGAACCUGCGUUGCAAGCUGCUUCGAUUCUGAUAUACCUUUCGAAGGCUGUUUCUGAUAUUGAAGAAAAAAUUAGCAACACCCGUAAGAGGAAGACGCCCCCAACCAAAGCACCUGUGAGGAGGAAGAUGCUCAAGAAAACAGAGUACCCAUCGACUCCUGACAUGUUAGCGGGGCUGAGAGAGCGAAUAGUGGAGAUGGGUGGGAGCCAAAUUGAGUUAGUGGUUCAAAAACAACUACAACAUACAGAUGUAAGCAAGAACCAUGGCCGAUUGUCCCUCCCCAUAAAUAAACUCCGUUUCGAUUUUACGACAGAGGAGGAGAGGAGAUUUCUAAACGAACAUGACAACAAAAACAAGAGAGGGAUGAACGUGGUGAUAAUAGAUGAUGUUGGUGGAGAAAGUAACAUAUGCUUGAAGAAGUGGAAAAUAGGAAGCAGUGAUACGUAUUGCUUGAUGACGCAGUGGAAUGCGUUGGUGGAAGCCACUGGAUUGAAAGCGGGAGACCACAUUCAACUGUGGAGCUUCAGAAAAGAUGAGGCUCAACUCUGCUUGGCUUUGGUUAAAUUAGGAAAUUGGUAA